AUGGACAUGAGUGUGAACCAAAACUGUAGCAUAAGAAACAUUUCUCUUUGUUACGAACAUCAUCCUAACUCCUGUCAGAAGUUUACCUAUCCACUGGCUGUGAGAAUUGUGACUUAUUUUGCCAUUAGUGUCCUUGUACUUCUUACAUUAUUUGGAAAUCUUCUGGUGGUCAUAGCCAUAACUCAUUUCAAGCAGCUGCACACACCAACUAACUACCUCACUCUCUCUCUGGCUGUAGCUGACCUGCUUGUGGGAGGGGCUGUAAUGCCUCCUAGCAUGAUACGCUCUGUGGAGACUUGCUGGUAUUUGGGGACCACGUUCUGUAAAAUACACAGCAGCCUUGACAUUACUUUAUGCACUGCAUCUGUUUUAAAUCUUGCAUUUAUCUCAAUUGAGCGAUAUUAUGCAGUAUGUCACCCCCUGCAGUACCACAGUAAAAUGACUCCUCUUACCACUCUGUUCAUGAUCACUGUUUGUUGGAGUGUUGCUGCAGCUGUGGGAAUUUUAUAUCCAGCACUAAAUGUUCUGGGCAUAGAAGAUUACAGUAAUGUUUUAUGCGAGGGGGCCUGUGUGGUAGUUAUAGGGCCCAUGAUAAGUUUGUCAGUUUCAGUGUUCUCUUUAUAUCUCCCCACCAUUAUCAUGCUAAAUAUAUAUCUGAAAAUAUAUCUUGUUGCACAGAAACAAUCACGUUUAGUCCUCCAAACCGUCUCCAGAGGUCAGCCCAUUAGCAAAGACAGAAAAAGACAAAAAGAAAAGAAUCCUACCGUUAGUAAGACAGAGAGAAAAGCAACUAAGACAUUAGUCAUUGUAAUGGGAGGAUUUGUAAUAUUUUGGGCACCAUUUUCCAUCUACAAUUUAAUUGUGACAGUUUUAGGUUUUUCUGGUCCACCACAACUGUUUGACGUGCUUGGCUGGAUUGGUUAUUCAAGUUCAGCUUGUAAUCCUAUUAUAUAUGCAUUCUUCUACAGAUGGUUUAGAAAGGCACUCAAAGUUAUAUUAUUAGGCAAAAUAUUUAGGAACAGUUCUUCAAGAAUGGAUCUCUUGGAACUUAAAUAG